CACAGUGGUUCAGUCAACAGUGCGGUAUGCGUUUGUGGUUUGAGAUGGAUAAACGUUUGUGUGACAUUAUGUUAAUCUGGGAAUUGAGAAAGUAGAGAGAAUUAGGGGAUAGAUUUCCUUGGGGUUUGACAUUUUGCUGUCAGUGAUGACUUUAAAGGUCCUGGCGACCCAUUCGAGGAAUAUUCAGAUCGUUAGUUGUUGAUUAGUGUUUCAUUAGCGUUUUGUGAUCUUUUAUUGUGGUCACUCUGUGGGUUAUCGUGAUGUGCAUUGAGUGAAGGGUUCAUUUUGCAGAAUAAAGGUCUCACUUUAGGUUGCGUGGGAUCAUGCUGACUCUUUUGACGACCGACGGGGCACUUUGGUGAUGUACGACAGCACUAGCUGUUCGUACUCGGGGGCGCUCGACUUGAAGGGAGCGACAGGAACGACUGGGGCAGCAACAGCCUCCGGUGUUUCCAUCUCUACCGCGGGCGUUAAACAGGAGAACUGGCCCUAUCGGGGUCUUGCGUGUGGUAGCACCUUUCAGCAGCUUAAACAGAGCGUUGAAAAAGCUAAACAGGCGCUUGCUGACCGGGGCAACUAUCUGGCUGGUGCUUUCUCACCGCCUCCACGUGCCAAUCCAUCCACCAUUUCACCGAGUUCUACGGCUUCCAUAACUGAUGCCAGCAGUUCGUACAAAGGAGGCUGGAGUCACGCUACGUCGCCUGCUCCUGGCCAGGGUUACGGGAGCGGUCUUUCCAAAUCCGCCCUGGAUACCCACUCACAUCUCAGGCAGCCCGAUCCAUAUCAGAUGUUUGGUGCAACCAGCAGUAGACUUGCGAGUUCUGGAUCUGGACAGAUACAACUCUGGCAAUUUCUACUGGAGUUACUCUCAGACUCGAGUAAUGCAGCGUGCAUCACGUGGGAAGGAACGAACGGGGAAUUUAAGCUGACAGAUCCCGAUGAAGUGGCGCGACGCUGGGGCGAGAGAAAAUCUAAACCCAACAUGAAUUACGAUAAGUUGUCAAGAGCCUUAAGAUACUACUACGACAAAAACAUAAUGACUAAGGUGCACGGCAAGAGGUAUGCGUACAAAUUCGACUUCCAAGGUCUUGCCGCAGCCACUCAGCCAGCGGCUGCCGACCCAGCAGCAUACAAGUAUCAGAGUGAGCUCUUCAUGUCUGGUUACGGUCACGCUAAGCUCAAUUUAAUGCCACCCCCAGCAGCAUCAGUAUCAGUAUCAGUUCCGGGUGGGCUCUUCCAGUCAGCUUCAAGUUACUGGUCAAGUCCAGGAGCAAAUCUCUACGCGGGACACCACACGGCAUCGGGUCACGUGCCGCCGCAUCUCGGCACUUAUCCCCACUAUGCAUGACCCACCCCUGAGCAUUGGGGCGCACUGGGCACACCGCGUUGAGCAUACAUUCGACAUUGCAUCUAGAUACUCACCCAUGCCAUAAAAAAAAAACAGUGGAAAAACUGGGAAAAUGUGUUUUAUACCAUUUGACAUUAAUUCUCAUACAAAUUUUGAACAUUCGUUCAUUACCAAAAGAGAAAACGUGGGAAUUGGAGUUGAAUGCACGGAGACAACUGCUAGGAGUUUAUUAAUCGUUCUCUGUGUCCUCGAGCAGUGCCAUAAUUGAAUCGUGUGCCAUAAAAACAUGUUAAACAUAUUCAACACACAAAUUUCACAGUCUCUGUUUCCCUCUCACCAAAGACAAUAUCUCCAGAAAGAAAAAGUGGAAUGGAAAUGACUCAAAUAAUUUAACAAGUGUUGAUGGUUCUUUGAGGGAGCAUUUGUAUAUAAAUAAUAAUUAUAACUGCUCCACAUCAUGGCGGUUUCUUUCCUGUUCUAUUAUACUUGAUUUUCUCGUUCAAAUGAUCAUAAAUAAUUAUUUCACCGAUUAUAAAUAAUGUGUGUAUCAUAAACUCUGUACUGAAUGUUCGUGCAUGGCUCUCGUCGUAGGCAGUUUACGGUUUCCUCCAAAGACGUGAAAACGUUUCUGGAGAAUAGAAAUAAUGUGGGACAAUAACGCUCUGUUGUGUACCCUGAAUUGUCACUGAUUGUCCACAAUUGUAUCUCAAGAUCCGGUGUGACAACCAGAGAGAUUUCAGGUGUUGUCCUAACUGUCCUCUAGGAGUUUAAUCCACAAUCCUUCGUGGAUUACAAUAAGAAAUAAUUGUAUAUACUGUAUGAGAUGAGUAUAAUCCUAAGUUAACUAUUUGGAUUUUUAUAAAAAUGAAAAAUUAAGUUGAUUUGAGUCAGUGGAGCAUGAACAAAAAAUUAAUACUCAGUUUCAAUUGGUGAUAAUUGGAGGAACAUUUGAAUUAUAAAUAAUGCGUGUAUUAUACGAGGUACUUUCAAAUUAAUUGUUAUGUAUUUAUAGUGGAAAAUUGAAUGACAGAAGUUGUGGGGGUGAGGCUCGGAGAGAUGUAAGUUGUACAAUUCAUUUGCUCAGCAUUCAAUGAAUAUUUGUAUUAUUUGAUUGAAGAGGAGAAUCGUAGUAUCUUUAAUAUUGUUAUUUUUUUCUUGAAUAUUUUAUUAUCGUUUCAAUUUGUAAUUACUUAGGUUCUUACAACAGAAAAGCAUAAGUUUAUGAUCAAAAAUUGAAGGCGCAAGGCAGAUUUGUAUAUAUAAAACCUUCUGCCUUGUUCUUUAUCCCCCUCACCCCAGGCAUAAUCAAAUGAUAAAGAGUAAAUUCGAAAUGGUACCUCUGUCAACCAGCCCUAGACCUAAAUAACGUAAUGUAUCAUAAUAAAUGAAAAUGAUAUUUAAUAUACUAAGAACAUUCAAAAAGACAUAAGAUCGUAAAAAUAGAACCGUACGACAGAUAGAUAGAGUGUUUUCAUGUGUAGUUUAUGCGAACAUAGGAUGGGCAUCUAGUCUUAAUAGUAAAGAUAAAUGAUGAGAAGCGAACGAAAUCGUGAUCAACAGCAGAAUUUAAACAAAUGUUAUUUUAAUCAAAAGACAAAAAUUAGGUGAAUGAGACCUUCUUGAGAUUUUUAAGAGUGAAUAAAUAAACUCUUGCGGAAGGAAACCAUUGAAGAAAAUCCUCUGAAAAAAGUGAAUAAAAAACCGUUGUUUUCUGUGUUGUGCGCUUGUAUUAAAGUCGCCAUGUUUCUAAUUAAACGA